AUGUUUCAGUCUCUUCUUCGAUAUAGAUUCAGCAGCACAACCCCUUCAUCUAUCAAACGAAUAAUCACCGCAGUCCCCAAUGUCUACAAAACCCACGCACUCUCACUCCUCCCCCCUAAACAACAUCUGCAGCAGCGGCGGCGGUGCCACAACUGGGAGGGCACGCUUGGAGGCGGAGGCGGAGGAGGAGGAGGGAGUGGAGAGUACGAUCACAUUAGGGCCGAAGUCAACUGUCCCCGGUGCUCCAAACAAAUGGCGGUGCUCUUCUCCACCCGACCCCUCUCCAUCACCACCCGAGAGACGGGGCUCUACCAGGCCGUCAAUCUCUGCCCCAAUUGCAGGACCGCCUUCUACUUCAGGCCCUUGAAGCUCGUCCCUCUACACGGCACUUUCGUGGAGAUUGGUCGCCUUAAAGACUUAAAGCCCCCCACCAAUUCCUUCGACGCAAAAACAGAGCCAUGCGCUGUUGAUGAUGAAACGCCCUCGUCUUCUCCGCCCAGGGACUUGCCCACCCCCAAGUUCAUCUGUAAGGCGCUUGAUGAAUUUGUUAUCGGCCAACAAAAAGCCAAAAAGGUGCUUUCCGUUGCUGUUUACAACCACUAUAAAAGGAUACAUCAUGCUUCCCCAAAGACUAUGAGGUCUGGUGCAGAAUCAGUUGAUUAUAAACUUGAAGGAGUACAUGACAGUGACUCUGUUGAACUGGAGAAGAGCAAUGUAUUACUGAUGGGUCCCACUGGUUCAGGGAAGACGUUACUUGCAAAAACACUAGCUCGUGUUGUCAAUGUACCGUUUGCCAUUGCUGAUGCAACAACAUUAACACAGGCAGGUUAUGUUGGAGAAGAUGUGGAAUCGAUAUUGUAUAGACUGCUUAUGGAAGCUGACUUUGAUGUGGAAGCAGCUCAGAAAGGGAUUGUCUACAUUGAUGAAGUUGAUAAGAUAACUAAGAAGGUUGAGAGCUUGAGCAGAGAUGUAUCGGGGGAGGGUGUCCAACAGGCAUUGCUGAAAAUGUUAGAAGGAACCGUAGUUAGCGUUUCUGAUAAAGGAGCUCGGAAGCAUUCUCGUGGUGAUAGCAUCCAGAUGGAUACAAAAAAUAUCCUUUUCAUAUGUGGUGGGGCAUUUGUUGGUUUGGAGAAGACCAUUUCAGAAAGACUCCAAGAUUCUUCCAUUGGAUUUGGAGUACCAGUUCGUGCAAACAUGAGGACCAGUGGCUUGACUGAUGCCAUAGUGACGUCAUCUUUGUUGGAAUAUGUAGAAAGUGGAGAUCUUAUUGCGUACGGCCUGAUACCUGAAUUUGUUGGCCGCUUUCCUGUUUUAGCUAGUUUGUCAUCUUUAGAUGAGGACCAACUUGUUCAGGUACUCACAGAACCUAAAAAUGCUCUCGGUAAACAAUAUAAGAAGAUGUUUAACAUGAACAAUGUCCAAUUACAUUUUACUGAUAAUGCAUUGAGAUUGAUCGCAAAGAAGGCAAUGGCAAAGAACGCUGGGGCUCGAGGUUUGAGAGCAAUAUUGGAAAAUAUUCUAACAGAUGCAAUGUUUGAGGUUCCAGACAUGAAGACGGAAGCCAAUAGUGCAUAUGCAGUUUUGGUGGAUGAAGAAGCUGUUGGGUCAGAGGACACUUGUGGACUUGGAGCUAAAAUUCUUAGUGGGGACGGUGCAUUGGAGAAAUUUCUUCGGGAAACAAAGUCAGGAGAGUGCAUGGGAAAGCGCGGGUUGGAUGGAGAUGAGUGUUUACGAGAAGUCUUAGAUGUUCAAUCAAGAGCCACGGCGCAGGGCUUGUAGGUUUAGUAGUGGUUGAGACGCCAUCUCCACCGUAUAUAUAGAUGAAGAAGAGAAGUUAUGAUGGUGUAAAAAUCAAGAUCCAUGCAUGAGUUUAUGCUAUCACUUGCACUUGAAUGAACUCAUGUAUAUAUUUGGAAUUUAAUUGACUAGUGCCAAGUUGUCGCUUCAACUUUGGACGUCCAUAUUUUCCCUAGUCAAAAUAAUAAGAGAAUUAUUUAGGAUGGA